AUGAUACCAUGUCCAAAGUCAGUUGAUGUUUAUAAUUCGAAUAUGGGUGGAGUGGAUUUACUCGAUUCAUUCAAUGUUGGAGUUUACCCAGAUACCUAUAUACCAUUAUUAGAUUUUAAACUAUUGAUAUCAGAAGUUUUAUGUGAGGUUUUAAAACCAAGCCCAAGAAGAAGAAGUCGUCCACUGCUGACAGAAAGUACAACAGAAGCUUUAUACAAUGCUAAAAAAAAGAAAAAUGGACCUUGUAUGGAGCUACCAUCAGAAGAGAUACGACUUGAUGGAAUGGACCACUUUCCAAUAUAUGAAAAAACCCGUGUUCGUUCUGACGGAAAAACAACUAGAAAAUUUCAAUUCGUGUGGUAUUCAAAAUAUAAAUGGCUUACUGGUAGUCAGGUAAGAAAUAAACUAUAUUGUUUUUACUGCUUAUUAUUAAGAGGAGAGAAAACCUGGAGCAACGAAGGUGUGUCAAAUAUAAAAAAUUUCGAACGAAAAGCAAACAAACAUGCUAUUUCUGAAAGGCAUCUCGUUUGUCAGGAACAAUUUAAGUUACUUGGUAAAAAUAUAAUUGAUCAUGCACUAUCGGAAGGGCGACGCUUGCAAGCCAUAAAAUAUAAUGAACAAGUUGGCAUUAACCGUCGCAUAUUAGCUCGAUUAAUUCAUGUUGUGUGUUAUUUGGGGAAACAAGAGUUAGCUUUCCGAGGACACGAUGAACGAAAAAGCUCAUUAAGUAAGGGUAAUUAUUUAGAGCUAUUAGAACUCUUAUCGCAAGAAGAACAAAUACUCAAAGAACAUUUUUUGUCUAACUCUUUAUUUAAAGGAACGUCUAGUGAUGUGCAAAAUGAUUUAAUUGCUUGUAUUACAGAUGUCGUAAAUACUAAAAUAAUGAAUGAUUUAAAAUGUGCAAAUUUUGUGUCUAUACAAGCCGACGAAACUACCGAUGUAUCGUGCAAAUCACAAAUGAGUAUUAUUUUAAGAUACGUUGUUGACAACAACAUUGAAGAGAGAUUUAUAGGUUUUUUUGAUGUAUCAAAAGAUAAAAGUGCUGUUGGGCUCUCAAAUAUUUUAUUGGCAGAAAUAACCAAAUGGAAUAUAAACGAUAAAAUUAUAUGUCAGACUUAUGAUGGAGCGGCCGUCAUGGCUGGAAACCAAAAUGGAGUCCAAGCCAUUAUUAAAAAAACUUAUCCAAAAGCCCUAUUUAUUCACUGCUAUGCCCAUCAACUGAACCUAAUUUUUUUACAUGGGUCAAAAAAUAUUAAGUCCGUCCGUAUUUUUAUAAGCGACCUUACAAUGUUUCACACAUUUUUCAGUAGAUCACCAAAACGAACUGAGCUGCUUCGGGAAAAAGGUUUUAAGUUGCCAAAAAGUUGUGAAACAAGGUGGAAUUACCAUUCAAGAGCAGCAGCUACUAUAAGUACACAUUUUAAAGAACUACAAAAAGCGAUAUCGUAUGUAACAGAGGGGGAAGACUGGGAUCCGAUUUCUAUAAGUACAGCGUAUGGGUUACUGCAUAAAUUAUCAAAUCAAAAAUUUGUGUAUUUAUUAUGUCUGUUUCAUCGAAUAUUUAUAUACUCGGAUCAUGUAUUUUUAAUACUUCAAACAAAAUGCACUGCGGAUGUACAAACUUGCAUAAAUGAAAUAAAAAAUUUAUCUACACAAUUAUCAGCUAUGAGAAAUGACCAAAAUACUAUAACCGAGUGUUGCGAGUCUGCAAUGGAAUUGAAUAACGAACUUCAAUAUACAGACAAAGAUAUAAAUAGUCUCAAAAAUCUGACGUAUGAAAUAUUGGACUCAAUAAUUAUCCAAACUGAAGUUCGAUUUCAAGAUUUUCACGUUUUGAAAUUUAUUGAGCUCGCAAACAACAAUGAGUUUAUUAAUUACAAAAAACAUUUUCCAAUUGAGAAACUAAAUCAACUACUAAAAGUUUUCCCAGGAGUAUUCGAACAAGAGAGAUUACAAAAUGAAUUAACAGUUAUUUACAAUGAUAAUAACAAACAUCUUCCACCAAAAGAAUUGCUGAAUUAUAUUAUUAAAGCUGAGUUACAAGAAGUGUACGUAGAGCUUACAAAAUUGUUACAAUUAAUUUUGUGUAUUCCUGUAACAACGGCUUCUAGUGAAAGAAGUAUGAGUACUUUAAAAAGAAUCAAGACGUUUCUAAGAAAUACAAUGACACACGAUAGAUUCUCAAAUUUGUGUACUAUGGCUAUCGAGAAGAAAAUGUUGAGUGAAUUAGCCACUGACCCAACAUUUAUUGACAAUGUCAUUGACUUAUUUUCUAAGACAAAAAAUAGAAAAAUAGAUUUAACGUAUAAAUUAACGUAAAUUUGUUUUUAAACUUCAUGUUAAUGCGAGUU